GUGUUGUUUAAAAUUUUUGUUUCAGAAAGAAUGGGUCGGCAUAGGAGCAGGUCGGAUAGUAGAGGUAGGUCAAGGAUGUUGACCGACACCAGGGACAAGAAUAGGAGCGUUCAAGGGGUUUCUAAGAGUAUAGACAGGUAUGGGAGAAAUACAGACAAACGGUCAGAUUCGCGGUCAAGGAACAGGCAACGGUCACGCGACCGGUCCCGAGAUAAGAAGAAGACAAAGAAGAAGAAGAAACGAAGAACAAGAUCUUCUUCUAGUGAUGUAGCGACAGAUACGGAUUCAAUCAGUUCGAACGACUCUGCCGUGAUGGUUGCAAAGAUUGAGCUGAAGAAACUGAAUGAAAAAGAGCGCUGGAAGCAAGAGAAAGCGCGCCGGAAGGCCAUGGAAACACCGGAGGAAAAGCGCGCCCGCCGUUUGAUGAAAAAACAGAUCAAGUCUCUGCGCCGGAAGCAGACUGAAGGGUGGUCCGAGCAGAUUAGUCAAUAUGAUAAUGAUGAUAAUCCAUUUGGAGACAGUACUCUUACACAACCUUUCAGAUGGGAGAAGAAGCUUGAGAAGGAAGGUCUGGGAGAUCUGAAGGACGAGGAGCUGGACCAGCUCGCACAGACCAGAAUUAUGGAGCAGAAGAUGGAGCUGGAGAAAGUGAAGAAGGCCAGGUUGGAGCGAGAGCGUGAGAAGCAGGAGAGGUUGGAGCUGGAGGAGCUGGAGAACAGGCAGAAGGAGACGGAUAAGUUCUCCAAGUGGGCGAAGGAUGAAGAUCAGUUUCAUUUAAAACAAGCACUUCUCCGUAGCUCUAUCAGAAUCAGUGAUGGUCGCGCAAAACCUAUAGAUCUUCUAGCAAAGUAUAUAAGUGCAGAGGGAGAGGUGGAUACUGUAGAAAUGCAUGAACCAUACACAUAUCUCAACGGAUUAUCUAUAACAGAUUUAGAAGAUCUACUAGAAGAUAUUCUGGUUUACCAGAGGUUAGAGAAGGGAAACAACUGUGAAUAUUGGGAGGAUAUAACAAUUAUUGUUAAGGAUGAACUUCAUAAACUUAGAAAAUUGGACAGUAGAACAGGAAGCCAAUAUGAGGCUGCUAUUGAACGAAGAGAGGGUAUAAACAAGGCAGUUCAGAAUGAUGUACAACAUAUAUUUAAAGGUAAAACUGUUGAGCAGUUGGAACAGCUUCAGAAGCAGAUAGAGGUUAAACUGCAGGAUCGAACUGAAGGUGUGGAUAUUGGGUACUGGGAGAGUUUAAUCUCACAACUCAAGGCGCACACUGCACGUGGUAGACUGCGUGACCGACAUCAGCAGCUCCUGCGCUCUAAACUGGCGCAGCUAAAAGCAGAACAACUGGGGAAGAAGGUGGAGGAUGUGAAGCCUGGUCCGAGUAGGAUACAGGAGGAGGACAAGAAGGAAAGGGAAAGUACAGCUGAAGAGGAGGAGGAGGACGAGGAGGACGAAGAAGGUAUUGAGUAUGAGGAUGGUGAGAGCGAGGUUAAAGGAAGUAUUACUGAGUACAAUAGAGGAUGUUACAGUCCUGAUUACGCCAGAUUAGAGGAUUUACCUCCUGGAACUGUUACCUUCCUUGAAGAGGAAGAUGUUGCCAGGAGAAACUUUGAUCAAGUUAAAGCCCAGCAGGGUGCUAAGGUGGAAAACGUGUUGACGGGUGAGGAGAGGGCUCUGGAGAGGGAGGCGAAGAAGGGGAUGGGUGAGGAUGAGGCAGUGUUUAGUGUUGAGAGUACACUGGAUCAGAGUUAUGAGUGGAGUGAUAAAUAUAGACCUAGAAAACCAAGAUACUUUAACCGAGUGCAUACUGGGUUCGAAUGGAACAAGUACAAUCAGACUCAUUACGACUUCGACAAUCCUCCGCCUAAGAUUGUUCAAGGAUACAAGUUCAAUAUCUUCUACCCAGAUCUAAUUGAUAAAUCAAUCACACCAGAGUUCAGACUUAUUCCAACAGACGACGGGGAUUUCUGUAUUCUGAAGGUGACCUCUGGACCUCCUUACGAGGACAUUGCUUUCAAGAUCGUGAACCGAGAAUGGGAAUAUGGUUACAAGAGAGGAUUCAGAUGCCAGUUCCAUAAUAAUAUCUUCCAACUCUGGUUCCAUUUCAAGAGAUACAGAUACAGACGUUAAAUCACGUAGAAUUAGAAUUCGGAAAAAUAUGAACAUGUUUACAAAUAUACAGUUCUAACAUGAUUGUAAUUUUAUGUUCAGGGAUCUUAAUGAAAUUGUACUUUUCAGA